CGUUUCCGGCUACCUGGCGGAAGUGUCGUCAUAAAUGUACAAAUUAUUUACCAGCAGUGGCUAACUGCUCCGAAAGCGUACAAAUCUUAUUUAUUUAGUCAAUUUCACGCCCGAAAGGAUAUAUUUCCGAAGGCAUUUUCGAUGGCGGAUGCCGCCGUGACGUCGGGAGGCUCAUUAAACUCCAGCGGGCGUGGAUCUGGAGCCAAAGCAGCGUCCAGCCCAGCAGAGAACUACCACCUGGCCCGGCGCCGCACCCUGCAGGUUGUGGUCAGCGCCCUGCUGACUGAGUGCGGCUUCGACAGCGCGGAGAAAGCAGCGGUGGAGACGCUCACAGAGAUGAUGCAGAGCUACAUCACAGAGAUCGGUCGGUGUGCUAAGGCGUACUGUGAGCACACGGCCAGGAGCGUCCCCACCCUGUCGGACGCGGUGCUGACUCUUAUCGAAAUGGGUUUCAACGUGGACACGCUGCCAGUUUACGCCAAACGGUCGCAGAGGAUGGUCAUAACUGCUCCUCCAGUGACGAACGCUCCAGUGACGCCCAAAUCUCUGUCGGCGGGACAGAAGCGCACACAUCCGUCUCACAUCCCCAGCCACCUACCAGAGUUCCCAGACCCCCACACCUACAUCAAAACUCCUACUUUUAGGGAGCCCGUGUCCGACUACCAGGUCCUCAGAGAGAAGGCGGCGACCCAGAGGAGAGACGUAGAGCGAGCCCUCACUCGCUUCAUGGCCAAAACCGGCGAGACGCAAAGCCUCUUCAAGGACGACGUCACCGCCUUCCCACUGAUCGCAGCCCAGUCCAGCGUCAUCCCGUACCUCAGCGCCCUCCUGCCCUCAGAGCUGGAGCUGCAGUCCCUCGAGGAGACGGACUCCUCUGAGCAGGACGACCAGACGGACGGCGAGAACGCAGGGGGGAACAUCAUUUCUGACGACCCCGGCGCCGACAAAGAGAACUCCAUGCUGCCCCCCAGCGGCGGCGUCCCGUCCGCCAAAUCCAACGACGACAACAUGAUCGACAACCCGUACCUCCGGCCCGUCAAGAAGCCCAAAGUGAGGCGGAAGAAGUGACGAGGGAGCCUCCUGGACUUCUGUCAGUGACUCUUCCUCACAGAGGAACACGUCUGGGAUGAACCCCCCCAUUAGGAUCGGAGCGUUGGUCUCUUCCGGCGCUGAUGUGGACGUUCCCGACUCCUUUCAAAGAGAACUAUUUUUGUCGAGACUUUGUAUGGAGGACAUUUUUGUGAGAAAAAAGAGAGGAACCAAGGAAUAAAACAUUUGCUUCUUUUUGAAUCAAAACUUUAUUGAUACUGAAACGAGAUACAAACGUAAAAGUAGAUUUCUGAAAUAAUUCAAUUAGUGAAACCUAAAUAAACAUUUUCCGAUGUUUUUAUUGCUAAGAA